AUGUAUGCUGGUGUCCCUUUAAUUUGUAUUCCAAACUCGAAUGAUCAAUUCUACAAUUCUUCGAUUGUCGAACAUUUGGGUAUUGGAAUAUAUGUAAAAAUGUUAGAGAUUGAAGAAGGCAGAGAUGACAAUGACAAAAAUUCAAAAUUUGAAUAUGAUUUUAAAGAAGCCUUCAAUGACUUUUUUAGCCACGAGUAAGUUGGGAAAAUUAAAAGACAGGAAUAAUUAAAAGGCAGGAAUAGGUCUGUAGCAAUUCCGAGUUC